AAAAAAAAAUUCAAAAACCAACAAAAUGGAGGCUAAGCUGCAAGAGCAUGCAAAACACUUGAACUUGAAUACCUUGUUUUGUAUAUUAAAAAAUCCUUGGUAAUAAAGAAAAAAAGAGAAGAAAUGCAGAGAGAAAUCAGCUGUCUAAACAGCAGUGUUUUGAAAGGGCACAGUUUCCAUAAGGACAAGCUGAGUAUUGAAGGGUCUGUAAGCCUUACCAGAAGAAAUUCUUGUAUAUUCAGGGGUUUAAAUGUCUGCACAUCCUUAAUCUCUAUCAGCUACAACUGUCUUCACAAAACAAAAGAUCUGUGCUUUAUUUUGUGGUCUCUGAUAGAUUAUUUCAGCAUCUUUUUGGCUAAUUUCUCUCAGGCUGAUGUCAUCAUGUUGCGAUAGUUGUUCUUAUCUUAUUGACUAGUCAAGGUCAGUGACUUUGUUUUAAAAUUACCUUUUGCCAAGUUUGUUGAUCCAUAAUGUGAACUGGACCACACUGUAAAAUGAAGCUAUGGGUAUAUUAGAAAUCUGUCUUUCCUUCAUCCCUGAGCUAUGUUAGCUUGGACUCUUCCUGGUUUUAUUCUUUUAGCUAAAACCUUGAUUUGAAUGCUGAUUUCAGCAUACCAGACUUGCGUGAGACAUGUACAAGGAAGAAAAAGCUACUUGGCCUUCCUUUUAAAACACACAUCUGAGUUAUGUGACUUCCUCUUUCUUCCCAUGGUCACUGUGACUAAAUUGUCUUGCAGGGUUUCCCUCUGUCUUUUCCACUGAUCAAUAGUAUGUUCUUGGGUGUGCACAAUGUUGCUUCCAUCUCAGCUGGGGUCUUUGGGACUGACAGGGCCUUUACAAUUGGCACCUCUCAAAAUGCAAGUGAAAGUAAGGAGAACCAAAAAGAAACAUUAUCAUGUACCUGGGGAGAUUUUUUUUUUUUUUCUGGCAUUGCAAUGUUUCCAGCAAGAUACUGAACCUUGUUGUGCCUUCAGAUUAGAUCUAUCAUGAUGGCUCUGUAACAGUCAAUGUUCUGGGGUGCAGUUUUACUAAUGUGAUGCUUUUCAAGAGGAAAUCUGGUGCCAAGCAAAGACUUCCUAGUACAUCUAGCUGAAUCGCGAAUCUCCUUACCUGGCACAUGCUUCUCAGCUGUACCCUGUGAUUUGCUAAAGCUGUUGAAAUACCAACAUGGACUUGGCUCCCUCCGAUGGGAGGGGAAGGCAAACUGCAAUCCUGCUAUGAAAUCAUAAUGCUUUACUUGUGACAUCACAAUCACUGCUGUGGCAAUAUGCUGCACAGUCACAUCUACGAGAGCAGGAUUUUGCCACAGGAUGCAAUAGAAGCAUAAAGAAUGAGGCCAGAGGAAAGAACAGUUCUGUUCAAACACCUCUACCACGGCAUGGCUGACUCCCAGAUAAGUAUAUGAGUGGGCAGUGUUUUCUCGUACCCUAAGAGGCCCAAGCCAGCAGGCAGCGGGGAAAGGAUGCCCAUACCGCCGCCCCCUCCACCCCCACCUGGCCCCCCUCCACCUCCCACCUUUAACCAGGCAAACACAGAGCCCCCAAAGCUAAGCAGAGAGGAGCAGCGAGGGAGGGGAGCCCUGCUGCAGGAUAUUUGCAAGGGGGCCAAGCUAAAGAAGGUGACGCAGAUCAGUGACCGCAGCGCCCCUGUCCUUGAAAAACCCAAAGGCGGUGGUGGCAGCUCUGGCUCCAGUUCGGCAGCGCUCCAGCCAAAGGGAGGCCUCUUUCAAGGUGGAGUCCCCAAGCUCAGGCCUGUAGGAGCCAAGGACAGCUCAGAUGGCUCCUCUGGCAAGCCAUCCCUGCAAGUUCCUGGCUCCAGAUCAGCUGCACCGCGGCCUCCAGUGCCUGCCAGCAAUAGCCGACCUCACGAUGAUUCUGACAGCAGCCGGGCUUCCCCUCCAGAGCUUCCACGGAUGCAGAGACCUUCCUUGCCGGACCUCUCCCGGCCCAACAGUGCUGGCAGCACUGGCAUGAAACACAGCUCCUCUGCCCCUCCACCCCCGCCACCAGGACGCCGAGCUAAUGCACCUCCCGCCCCACCUCCCAUGCACAGCAGCAAGGCACCUUCUUACAACCGGGAGAAGCCAUUGCCACCAACACCAGGACAGCGGCUCCCCACGAGCCGAGAUGGACCCCCAGCCCCUCCUCCCAUCAAGCCGCCUCCUUCCCCAGUCAACGUCCGAACGGGGCCAAAUUCUCAGAACCAGUCUCUGGCUCCUCCGCCACCCCCCUAUCGGCAGCCUCCAGGCGUCCCCAAUGGUCCCUCUAGUCCUACUAAUGAGUCAGCCCCUGAGCUACCACAGAGACACAACUCUUUGCAUAGGAAGACUGCAGGUCCUGUUAGGGGCCUGGCACCACCUCCGCCCACUUCAGCUUCCCCAUCUCUACAGAGCAAUAGACCCCCUCCACCAGCCCGAGACCCUCCAAGCAGAGGAGCAGCCCCACCCCCCCCGCCCCCAAUGAUCCGGAAUGGUGGUCGAGAUGCACCUCCUCCCCCACCACCGUUCAGGAUGCAUGGGUCCUUAGAUCCUCAGAGCCGAGGAAAACCCCCACCCCCACCUACGAGGACACCAGCUGGGCCACCCCCACCCCCUCCACCGAUAAGAAAUGGGCACAGGGAGUCCGUCUCCACAGCAAGGUCUUUCUUGGAUGACUUUGAAUCUAAAUAUUCCUUUCAUCCAGUUGAAGACUUUCCUGCUCCAGAAGAAUAUAAACAUUUUCAGAGAAUUUAUCCCAGCAAAAGUAACAGAGCUACCCGUGGGGCCCCGCCUCUGCCUCCCAUCCCCAGGUGAAGUCCAGCUGCAGAGUCUGGUUGUUCCUUGGCAGAGAAAUGGACCUUCUUUCUUUCCUUGAAUGGAUUUCCCCACCCUCCCUGCCUCUUAGGAACCUGCAUGAGAAGCUCCUAGUGUCUCUGUUUUUCCCAGCAGCGCAAAGAAAAAAACACACUCAGAUGAACCCACCUUCUCACCUCCAUCUAUGCAUUUCAUACCUGGACAAAACAGUUUUGCAGUGGUAUCUGGGUGAGUUGCAUCCUCCACUUUGUAGCUGCAGAUCCAUGUGUCAUGCUGGAAAGAAGCUUUUUGCUCCGCUCUGAAGAUUCAUGCAAUGAGACUUUUUUUUUUUUCCCCCUGGUUCACAAAGCAAUUAAUGCGGAGCAGGGUAAGCCAGCCAGCAUGGCAGUUUUGGGACCAGAAACCAGCUCGGUACAAGCAGUGACCCAUUUGCUCCUGCCAGGGCUGGGGGAGGAACAUUUGAUCCUUUUUGAAGAGGGAAGUCGGGUGUAGAGGUGGUCAAAGAAAAGGAGUACGUCUUCUAAGAGUUUUUGAUAUUAAGAACACUAUUGGAUGUGAACACUACAUACUAACCAGUUAAGCUAAUGCUAAGAGAAGCUGGGGUGGGUGGGAGUUUAAACUGAACUGGUUACUCAAAGCCGACAAAUGGCUGCUUUCUGCAUGUAAUACAUUGAAAGGAGUGUAGGCUGAUAUUAAAACUGUCAGAAAAGACCAUGGAGCCACUGGGCAAUGGCCAUCAAAGCAAAUCUUUGACUGUCAGAAAGCGAAGGAAGCCAUUGUAGAAAGGUGCUGAACACAGCCUUGAAAUGAAGAAGCUCAGAGCUGGCAGCUGCAGCACAGUGCAUAAUCUGGGUGUUUGCUCUUGUCUGAGACCUGUUAGCUGGGGCUGCACCAUCGUUCCUCAGGCAGUGUCUGAUUACAACACACAUGUUGUUGCCAGAUUGCCCCCUCUCCCGCCAUGGUUAAUUUGACAAAACCAGUCCAUCUUUCUCUUUGGAUCUGGUACAGUUAACAGCUGCAGAUGUCUCUGGCUCACCUCCUUGUUCAGAGACAGCCAGCAGCCUGCAGCAAAGGGAACACGCCAUGUCAGGAGUGGUCAGCAUAAUCAUACUGACAGGUUCCUGUGCGAGUGCAGUGGGGUGGCUCUGGAAAGAGAGCCUGUGACACAGCAGGUGGCAGAGCCCUCUGUGUCCUCUUAGGCCAUCUCAGCUGUAAGGGCAACCUACCAAAGGCAUCACACUAAUUGGGGAGGUUAUCUUGGUGGUAGCAUUAAGAAACAAAAGGAGUUGGGCUAGAUAUAUGGAUCUGUGAGGAGGAGUGCGGUGUGGGUGAGCUGCUUGUCAUGCCACAGUGAGUAGUGAUAAGCAGACAUCUUCACUGUAAUUCUCAUGAGGCCUUGCUUGGCCAAACUGAUUGACUGUUUAUAGGCUGCAGAAUGGUUUCUAAUAAUACAAUACCUAGCUGACGUUUUGCCUUAUACACUACUUCUGUCAAACUGUUGGUACCAGACUGCUUAUUAUGUAUAUUUACUCUAAUGGGGCGCGGGUUACAUUAAUCAUAGUUACCAAUCUAUUUUCUAUGUUGUAAAAAGCUUGUAAUAUAGGAGGAAGGUGGGCUUGUUGCAAGUAUACUAAAAUACUCACCUUUAAACCGCUUUUUUUCUAUGAUGAUGGAAAUGUAUCCUUUUUAAGUUAGAACUAGGCAGCACUCAUGUUGAGGAACACUGCCCAGUUAAAGGAAACUUUUGUUGUUGUGUUUUGUUUUUUUUUCUGGAGGAAAAAAAAAAUCUGCCCAGCUUAGCUGGUUGGGAAGAGAAGUUAAAUGCACUGUGCAUUUUUGUUUAAAUACAUUUUUAAAAGGAAGAAAUAUAUAUACAAUAUAUUUUUUUCCCCUGUAAUGUUGGCUUCCUCAACUUGUUGAUUUUUUUUGGAAGUGAAGAGGGGAUUCUUUUCAGAGGGCAAAAUUUAAAAAGCAAAACAGUAAACUUGAUAUCACAUUUAAAUAAAAAUAAAGGUGCACGUCUGUUCAAGUAGCAAAUUCUGGGCCAAAGCACUUUGAUGUUAGGUGUUUAUAAUCUCAUUGUAUGUGCAUUGUGGUACUUACUGCUCACCUGAAACCUGUUAGCAUGUCCUUUAUCAUGCUGCUGUUGACAAAACCCCAACUGUUAGUGUUGUCAUGGCAGCUUAUCCAUCACUGGGGAAUGCAGGCUGAGCCAGCUUUAUAGCAAUGCGGAGCAUUCUGCUCUACCAAACUGUGAUUUGUUAAAGGAUGCUGCUAACGGUACCAUGCUGGGAGCUCUUAAAGGAGGUAUUAAAUCACCUUGGUGACUGGGUGCCAGUGGUGGGGAAGGGACAGAAGGUAGAAUGUACCACUACAUGCCAGUGUGAUACCUUGGCCAGCUGGGCCCUGGAAAGGAGCCUAAGCAACCUUGAACCAUAAUCUUUCUCCAAGGAAUGGUGAGAGAGAAAAUAAUCUGUUACAAACUUUGCAAAAUGUAAUGCAGGGUUUAUUUUUUCUUGAUUGCUUGAAAUGGUGGUUCUUCAGACCAGGGUCUUUGCAUACAUAGAUGCUGCAGCAAUCAGAGGUGCUCUUGUCCACCGAGGAGCUGCAUCACCUAACAAGGCCCUGCUGCAAUCAGUUUGAAAUCCAGACUUUGGGACCAGCCAAGAACUAAGAUUCUGCCAUUCUGCUGCCCAAAUUCCUAUUGUCUUGCAUGGCUGCUGGGACAGCACCAAACAGGCAUGCAUCUGGGCUUCAGGGAGGCAAAAGCGAGAUGGAUCUUUGAAAGACCAAUUGAGGUCUCUGAUCAAGAAUGAUUGUUGAACAAGAGAGGUUUUCUCCAUUUCCACUCGCCCUCAUUGUGCCUUACCAUGUCAAAGGCAAUUUCCCUCCUUGUACUGCUUUGACAGAAGGAAAUCGGUGUGCAUAGUCCCCUCACUAUUUUCUUCUGCUUGUUUGGUCCUAUUUUAAAGUCCACUUCCUCUUGACCAUCUGCAGUGCCACCAGGCUGAAGGAUUCCAGUUGCCUGAGUCUUCCUUCCACUGCAGCAAAUUCACAGCAUGGAAGAGCUGAAGUGUUUGACAUGCUGUUGUAUAAAUGCCCUAGACCUGACCUGUGUGUGUGUGUGUGUGUGUGUGUGUGUGGAGUCUGCAUGUUAGCUGGAUUUUUAUAAUUUAUUGUAUGAUUAUUUUUUUUUAACUUCUCCCUUGAAGGGACUCGUACUGUAGUUUGAACUCUGAUCUAAUUCUUUUGUAUGCUUCUUCCCGUUUCACCUCCAAUGCAGUUCUUUAAACCUCACUAUUAAAAAUAAUAAUCCCAA